UUCUGGCAUCAAAUGAGUGAAGAUAUUGUUGUCACUAACGGGUCAAACAAAUGACUGAUUGAUUGUAACCAACGGAUAGUAAACCAAAGCUUUUGUCUUAUGUUACAUAAGUUAUGUAUCAUUUCAUGUGAUUAACAAUGGAUUAGUUGUCUUUUAAAGACAACAUCUAAUCAAUGGUUUUAUUGAAAGUAUCGAUUGUUUGACAUUAUAUUAAACCAAAUAAUAUACCACAAGAUGUCACAUGACUUGAUCUCUUCCAAAACUGCCACCGAUGUCAAGCAAUCAUCACUUAUCUGGUCGUACAUCGAAACACUCAAAGAUCCAUAUUUUGUGUCAAAGUUUCAAAACUUUUUCGGUAUUCAUGUCAUUCGUAAAGACGAAAGACGACCCAAACAAUUGACCAUUGAUUCGGUUAAUCAGUCAAACGGUUAUCAAAGAUAUGGAAGUCAUUCAAAUAAUUUGAAAAAGAGAAAUAUGAAACAAGAACUGAAUGGAUCAGACAGUGAGUCGUACUCAACAUCGGCUACAGAUAAUACAAGCGAUGAAGAACCGGAACAGAUUGACUAUACGAUUGACAAUAAGUUUUGGUAUUAUUUGUUCAGUUUUGGUGCAUCUCUUGGAUAUGAGAUGUUUUACGCCUCAUUCUUCCCGAUUUGGUUCUGGAAUAUAGACAGUGCUGUCGGCCGAAGACUUGUUCUCGUUUGGGUUAUUAUCAUGUAUUUCGGUCAGGCAUUGAAAGAUGUAAUCAAAUGGCCGCGACCCGAGUCACCGCCUGUUGUUGUUCUUGAACCAGAAUACGCCGUUGAAUACGGUAUGCCAUCGACUCACGCAAUGGUCGGAUCUGCUCUUCCCUUCUGUCUCGUUAUAUUUACAAUCAACAGAUACGAAUACCCGCUUUGGAUCGGAAUAGUCUUUGCAAUUCUGUGGUGUUUAUUGGUUUGCGGGAGUCGUCUAUAUUUGGGAAUGCAUUCCGUUAUCGACAUAUUAGCUGGUCUUUUAUUGACAGCUUUAUUAAUGAUAAUAAUUAUUCCAUUGGUUGACGCCAUCGAUCACUUCCAUCUGACCAGUCUUUACUCUCCAUUGAUAACAAUACCAUUAAUAGUAUUUUUGUCGACUGUUUAUCCCAAGUCUGAUCGCUGGUCACCGGCCAGAGGAGACACAUGUAUUAUAAUGGGUUCGGGCGCUGGAAUUCUAUUGGGUUCGUGGCUUAACUAUCAAUUGGGUAUUUAUAAGGGACCAUCACUUCCGCCUCCUUUUCCAAUAUUAUGGCCCGGAUAUGAAGUUAUUGGUCUAUCGUUAUUAAGACUAUCAAUCGGAAUAUUAUGCAUAAUCGCCGCCCGAGCCUUUGGUAAAGUCUUAGUUUUUUCAUUGUUGUGUUACAUACGAAAUCUGGACCCAAGAGAUCCAAAGAAUAAGAUUCGCGUCUCAAUAGAGAUUCCCUCCAAAGUAAUCACUUAUAUGGCAAUGGGUUUGACAAUCACUUACUUGUCUCCAGUCGUUUUCAGGUUUCUUAAUAUAGAAAGAGUUACGAUGUUUACAGAAAUUUAA